AUGGAAUUGAUUAGUUCAAAACGAACAACUAGUAUUUUCCGUUUGAUGUUUACGUUUAUUAUCACCAUUUUAAUCAUUUUAUAUUCUGUAUACUACAUCGGUACUUAUCAUGAACUAUCGACUGCGUCUGACUAUAAUAGUUUUCCUGUAAAAUGGAAUAACAAUCCACGUGGUGUUAUUGUUACACUUAUUCGUAGUACGAAUCGAUCAAUCGCUCAAGUUAUUAAUAUGAUUCAUUCUGUGACUCUAUUUCAUUCAACUAAUGAUAAUUUUCAAUAUCCAUUUCUUUUAUUUCAUGAUCACAAUUUUACUUUAGCUUUACGUCAACAAAUUUUAUCAUGUGCACGUUAUAAGAAUAAGACAAUACAAAUUUCAUUUGUUCCUCUUAAUUUCGUAUCAAAUGUUUCACGAUCUGAUAAAUUCUCUAAAAAACAUCUACCUGGUUAUCGUUUAAUGUGUCGAUUCUGGUCAUAUGAUGUUUUUUAUCAUCCAGCAAUUGUUUAUGGAAAUUAUGAUUAUAUAAUGAGAAUGGACGAUGAUUCAUAUUUUAUAAAUAAAACCCAUAUAGAUCUUUUUCAAUAUAUAGGUCGUAAAAAAUUAGAUUAUGUCUAUCGAUCAUGGUAUCAAGAAGAUAAUAAUGCAUCAUUUGCUAUCGAAAAAACAUUUUUAAAUAGAACAAUAGCUAGAAGCAAAUGUAUUUAUAAUAAUUUUUUUAUUAUGCGAUUACAAUGGUUUUAUAGAUCAGAACGAAUACAACAAUAUUUACAUGAAUUAAUUCGAGAUGAUUUAAUACUUCGAGAAUAUGUUGGUGAUGGAUGUAUUCAUGCAGCUAUGCUUGAAAUUGAUCCAACAGCAAGAACAGAACAUUUAAUACAAAUUUCUUAUGGUCAUAAUUAUCAUAUAAUGUUACGCAAUCAUGAAAAUCAUACCUUUAACUAUGUCAAAGAAUUUGAACAAGGAAUACCAAAUUCAUGUCAUCAACUGAUUGUUAUUUGUAGUACAGAGGGCAACGUAACACAAGUUACAAUUGAAUAA